AUGGCUUCCAUCAAUAACCUUCCAGUGCACCUUCAAGUGCCUUCAAGUCUUAAAGUGGCCAAGAAACAAUCUCAAUCAGCUGAUGAGAAGAACGUGGGCAAGUCUCAAGGGGAAGCAAAGGAAACCGAGAGCAACAAAAUCACGGUCACCAAAGUGUUUGACUUUGCUGGCGAAGAGACCUUUUUCCCUAGGAAAAGAAAGAAACAACACAGGCUUUUCUUAGACGUGGGUGAAGGAGAAUCUUCGAAAGACAAUAAAAGCAGCGAGGAGGAUGGUGAACUGGGAGAAAGUCACAGUGCACAUAUUAGCGAAAACGAGGAAAGGAAAAAGGAGGAGGCUUUGUGGGCCAGCUUUCUUACUGAUGUUGGCCAGAAACCCAAAGUUGUUUCCGCAGAACAAUCUCCCUGCAACCAGAAACACACGGUCUCCAAAAUCAGCCGAACUACAAUAAGCUGUAUUUCUCUCCAUGUAUGUGGACGGUACCCCUUCGCCAUUACAACCAGAAGGGUAGGUUUGUCUAAAAGGAUGUUAACCCAAAAUGAGACCUUUGUGGAUGAUAAAAGGAACCGAGAUGAUCUUCUGCGGAAGGGCCAGGGUGGCAUCUGGUUCCAGGAGUUGGAGAAGUGGGUCCGCCCAACACUUCAAAGUUGCCUUUAUCUUCUGCUUUACCUUGGCAGAGUGAAGCGGCCUAGUGGUAUUAACAGCCUCCUGGGGAAGAUUGGCUCCAAGAAGCAGAAAAUGAGCACGCUGGAGAAAUCCAAGCUGGACUGGGAGACCUUCAAAGAAGAAGAAGGCAUCGGCGACGAGCUGGCCAUCCACAACAGAGGGAAAGAUGGGGUCACCAAGGAAGUUGACGCUGCUUCGAAGGAAGCCCAGCUCUUCCGGAAACAGCAGGAGCCGCAGGUGGCGACCCAGACAUCUCCUGCAACUGUUUCGGG